AUGGUUGACGCCGUGUUUAACCAAGCUGAUCUGAAUAAAGAUCAACGUCUUGAUUUCAACGAAUUUCGUAAUCUUAUUGCUCAAAGUUUGGGAGCAGGAUCAGCAAAUAAUUUCGCUGGCAGCGCGACUGGAGCAAAUCAAUACUCGUCAAGUUCAUAUGAAACAUCUUCACAUGCUGCUUAUGGUGAAAACAAUGCUGCCAGUGGAAGUUUCGGUAGCUCUGCUGCCAUAGGAGGAGCUAGCCUGAAUGAAGCAGGUAAUGUCGGUUGCGAAGCAAGCUAUAGUUCGUAUGAAAGAGCAUCUUUCACACCAACAUCUGGCAUUGAUGUGAAUGGCUUCGAUGUCAACACAUCAGGCGGUGUUGGUGGGUACGAUGCUAGUUCAUCGACUAGCUACGCAGCCGGCGGUCUUGAAACAAGCUCAGCAUCUGCUGUAGGUUACUCAGGCGAAACAGCUGGUGCUUCGGCGUCAACCUUCGAAACGACUGGCUCGCAAAAUCAACUACAAAUCAAUGGUGCUAACGGACAAAAUCUGUACCAAGAUCCUAAUCCACAAAUCAUUCGACGACCAGCACAAGGUGGACCUGUCACAUACACUCAAAAUGUGAAAAUUCGAUUUCUCCAACCACCACCGAUCGCACCACCUGGCCCACUCAUCAUUAAAGAAGUGCGACCACCUCAACCACCACCACCACCACCCCUCCGAGUUCGUCAACAAGCUCCACCUCCUCCACAACCACCUCCACUUAUCCUACGUGAAAAACCUCCAGCGCCACCAACGAACAUGGGCGCUCAAACUGUCGUUCGUCGCUUACCUGCCAUUCCUGUUCCACCUCGAUCAGUAAUCAUCGAACGCCUACCAGCAUUGCCACCGAAACCGCGUGAUAUUAUCAUCGAACGUUGGGUACCAUACACAUCGUCAGCCAAACGAAAAACGAUCGUUCAACGAGCCGAAGCACCAAAAGAAUACCCCAAACCACGCAAUAUCAUCAUUCAAUAUGAACCAGUACAAGUACGUGUUGUCCGACAAUUCCAACGUCUUGGUGUUACUCAAGAAAACCCACAAGCCUAUGUUCAACGUUAUGGUUCAUCACUUCUAGAAGCUCAAACUUUGGUGCAACAAGCACGUGCUGCUGGUGUUGUUGAAGAUAUUUCUCCACCAAAAACCGGUCCUAGUCUUACAGGAAGUUCAACAUCACUUAAUGCUGAAUAUAACAGUGCCAGUUCUGCUGUUGGAGCAACCAGCGGCAUUGAUCUUGCCAGUGGUACUGCUGACCUUACAAGUGGUGGUGUUGAUCUAACUGCUGGUGUCGAACACUCGAAUGGUAGUGCCGAUUUUUCAGCUAGUGGUGCUGAAUUUUCAGGUGAAGGUAUUGAUUAUGGAACUGCUGGUGUUGAUUUCUCAGCAACCGGUGAUAUUGGUACAGCAGCAUCACCUGCUCACUCAUUGAAUCGUAGUCGCAGUGGUAGUCAACACAGAAAUGCUAGCUUCUCAGCUUUCGAUGCAACACAAGGUAGUACAAUUGGUGGAAAUGGUUAUGGAGCAACAGCAUCCUUUGAAAGAACGUCAUUUGCCUCCCAAGGUGCUCGUAUGCAAUCGCCCGGAGCAGAUUUUGUUGGUGCUAGUGCAUCUGGAUAUGAAAGUUACAGUUCUGCUACUGGUGGUGUUACUCUAGGUGAUAAUGAUCCAGCAACUAUUGCCUUUAAUGAAGCAGAUUUAAAUAAAGAUGGUACACUCGAUCCCAAUGAAUUCCGUCAAUUUCUUAGCGCACAAUUUCAAAAUAGAACAUAA